AUGGAAGUGAAGGCUUUCCGGAUUAUCAUUGGAUGUACAGGAAGUGUGGCUACAAUAAAACUCCCACAACUCAUUCAGCGCCUCACCAGUGAAAUUCCCAGUAUAGAAAUUAAAGUUGUAGUUACAGAGUGUGCCAGAAACUUCUUUUCUUCCGAGGAUAUUCCUUCCGGAACUACUGUUCUUACGGAUUCAGAUGAAUGGAGUAGUUGGAAGGGACGUGGAGAUCCUGUUUUGCACAUUGAACUCGCCAAAUGGGCAAAUCUAAUAAUUAUAGCUCCACUGGAUGCAAAUUCCCUGGGAAAAAUUGCUUCUGGACUCUGUGAUAAUCUCCUGUUGUGCAUCUUGCGAGCCUGGGAACUGUCGAAGCCAGUUCUAUUUUGCCCGGCCAUGAACACCAAAAUGUGGCAGCAUCCCAUUACAGCAGAGCAAAUCGCCAAGCUGAAGCAGUGGGGCUACCAUGAAGUUCCAUGCAUCGAAAAAACUUUGAUGUGUGGCGAUACUGGGCCAGGAGCCAUGGCUGAAUUAGAUACAAUUGUUCAGUACAUCCGAGAGCAUCUGGCUAAUCUUUAAAAUCUUAAUGUUUCCGGAAACAGAUUUGUAGAAAUUUUAUUGAUUUUUUUUCUAAUAAAUGAGGUUUUGAGUAA